AUGGAAAUAAACUGCACGAAGUUAAGAAAAUCAUUUUUUCUGAUUUUGAAAAGCGAAAAUUCUGAUUUUAAAAGAAAACUUUCUGAUAUUCAACUUUUCCAUCUGGAAACCUUGUUAAUCACCCUCACCCACCCUCAAGAAGAACGUGUUCACAUUGAAAUAACAUUUCUGGCCAAUGGUUAUUCGUUGGCUUUUGUCCAAGAUCAACUCAAACAAUUUUUAAUACGAUUCAAUCCUUCUUCCGGUGAGCAACCAAUGGAUCUGAAUCGAGGAACAUACACUUCAUUUCGUAUUCAACUGUUUCGUCAUUUUCGUCAACAAAAAGUCCAUCUGGAAGAACGACAAGAAUUAGAAAACAAACAUCAAUUGGUCGAAUUGUAUUAUUUAUAUGAUUGGGGUUCUAGACAUGAAUUUAAUCAAUACUUUUAUCAACACUGGACUCGAACAAUCAACAAAGAUCCAAGAUUUCUCAAACAUGGAUUAAAAAUUAUUCUCAAUUCCAAACAUUGUUUUUUAUCGAAUACUCUUUUGGUUCAAUACAAAGCAAAUUAA